AAAAAUUAUGCUGCAUUCCGAAAUAUUAAAAAACAACGAGAAAACUUUUUUUUUUUAAAUUAAAAAAUUAAAGUAAGUUAUACAGAAAUGUCAAUGAAUUCCAAACACAAGGAUCACUUGUCUUCAUAUCUGACGAGAUACCGCGCCGUUCCGCAACAAAAUGAAAAACCAAGUAUUCCUGUUAAAGAAACUGGCAAGAAAACAGUGACAAGAGUCAGGUCUACUGAAAGUAAAGCCAAACCAAUAAAGAGAGGAAAAAUUACUAUCCAUGACAUUCCAGGUGAAAUUCUGAUGAAGAUAUUCAUGUACCUCUCCCCACAGGAUCUGAUUCUUGCCUCCCAAGUCAGCAAGACAUGGCAUAGCCUUGCUAAUGAUAAUGCUCUUUGGAGACCGAUAUAUAAGAAGUACAUAGGGAACAAAUCCAGUGGAAGUGAGAGAGAAGUCAAGUCUAGGUCAAUCGAGGGCAUGAAACAAGACUGCAUGACUAGAUGCAUUCAGCAAAGAAAUAAAAGAGUUUUCAAGCAUCUAAGAAAAAGAAAGAGUCCUUACACGGGUCUUCAGGAAAGUAAGGAGGUGGAACAGGCACUGAGGACAGCAGGGAUGACCUUUGAACUGGUAAUGAUUGACAGUGAUGGGAAAGAGCAUACCCUUGGUCACCAGGAUGUGUUCUACCAUGCCAUGUCUGUCAGCAUUCGGUGGUUUGCCUUGGAGAUGACACCUGUAAAUAAGAUCAAAGAAUUCUGUUUGUAUUCAAGGAAUCCUCUGUUUUAUAACCAUGCAACAGGAAAACCAGUUAAAAAUGGACCCUAUCAGAGAUCAUUACUAUUAACACAAGACUUCAAAUGGAGUGAUUCCAAGGGGAGGAUAACAGGAGGUGAUGAGCUGAUCAGUUUGUACAGUCUGCCACAUGGGCUAACGAUAGCUAUGUAUAAGGGAGAUGAGCUAGAGCUAGCCUUUGUGUCGUAUGGUCUGUCCUUAGAUAGCCUUGUACAGAGGUGUAUACACGGAACUCCCGACCUACCAUAUACAAUAUCUGAAAAUAAAUGUUUGGAUCCUGGAAUGAGCUCAAAACAUGGAUUGUUGGGUUACCAAUUGACUGUGCAACUGAGGUCUAUGAGAAAGGCACACUGGGAUGAACAGUUCAGGAACAUUGACUGUAAAGAUGGAAAUAUGGAAGGGGGUUAUGCUAUCUUCACCGUUGUGCGUCCAGAUCAACGCUUAAAAAUCAGUCUGGAGGAUUUUAUAUACCCUUGGAAAACAGAUGCAUUCAAAGGAAAAGUGAAAGAUGUAGCUGUAUUGGAUCUUACUAUGCUGGAUGAAGAAAACAUGGUUUUUUGGACAACAAGUUCCUUGGUGAAAAUUGAAAGAAACAAAGAAAUUUCAAAGAUGUUUGAUUUUGACUACCGAUAUGAUGGCAUCACUUCUAUAGAAUACGCAGACAACACAGGAAAAUUAUUUCUACAGAUAUGUAAAAUGGACACUGGAGAGUUUUUUAUAACAAACCUGACUGUAAGUCUUUCUCUGGAAGCUAUAGAUGACCGAUUUGGAACGAAGUAUAAAUCUCCUGCUAAAUAAUUAUUAUGGUGUGAAGUGUUUUGUUAUCUAUUAUGUCAUGGGUGUUAUUUUAUAUUGUUGUUUAUUUUGUGCUGAACUACUUGGUAGCUACUUAAUAUAUUCUUGUUUUUACCAUUAAAUCACGUACAUAAUUUUG